AUGGAGCAGUGGCCACUGCCUCGUGAACAGGUCACAGCGAUCGACAAAUUCUUUGCCGAUCGUUUAGCGGCUGGUCAUGUGAGGAAAGAAACAUUCCCACACAGCUCUCCGACCUUCUGUGUUCGAAAUGCCACAGAAGGGUGGCGGAUAGUGCACGAUUUCAGCAAAUUGAACGCUGCAGCAGUACCGGCUCAAACGCCGCUACCAAGGAAGGACGUCAUCAUUGAUGGUAUGGCAAAAUGUAUCAUCUUUUCGUCCAUGGAUCUUAUGGACGGAUUCUAUCCGAAACUCAUGCGUGAACGGGACAUCCCGUACAAAGCAGUGAGCACCCCCAGUGGUGUGCUCUGGGAGUGGCUAGUGAUGACACGGAAUCUAAGUAACGUCCCUGCAACGUUCAACAGAUGUGUUAUGAAUCUGUUGCGAUCGGAGCGCGAUUUCGCAUUGAGUUACUUUGACGAUGUCUUCGUCCAUAGCCGGGAUAUGGAUGGAAAGACGGACGUGGAGGUUCAGAGAAUCCACGUCUAG